AUGACUCGUCGCGAUCAUCUGUCUUCGACACGCUUCGAUCAGCUUCGGGAGAUCGUCAAGCGCAUCACGAGAGUGGCGAACAUACUGGUUCCCGAUGACAUGGGGGUCCACUUACGGUUCAUCAACCACCCCAGGGUUUACGACCACCUGAAUACCGCACAGACCGAGAACGCUAUGCGUCUUGUUUAUCCCACCAGCGGAACGCCUUCAGGAACUGUUCUCGAAACCAGAAUCCUGCGACCGCUGGUGUACAAUCUCCUCGACAACCCGAGAGGCCCUCAACUCAGGCGUCCGCUCCUCAUAUGUACCAUCACGGAUGGUGCCCCCACGGACGGCGACGCCUUCAAGAAGGCCAUUCUGAAAUGCAGACGCCGUAUCGUCGCGGCGGGAUAUGCACCGAAAACCGUCAUGUUCUCAAUCAGUCAUAUUGGACAGGAUCGCCACGCUGCGCAAUUCAUCCAGUCCCUGAGGAGCGACGGGGAAAUCAAAGACGUUAUAUACUGCACAAGCGACAGUAUCGACGGGAAAUUCUACGAGUUGAGGGAUAACGAGCGAGGCUUGGAGGUUUGGCUCCUCGAGCUACUGACGAAUGGUCUCAAUUAA